AUGGCCACACGUCGCACCGCCUCGGUUGAUCUUGAAAACUGCACGGGAUCCUACUUCCGUCUACAAGUCCUUCAUCAAUACACAAAUGAAGGUACCGACGAUUCCGGUCUUUUAGAUUUCAAGCCAGGAGAGAAGAAGCGAGUUUUCGACAGCGUUCAGUAUUAUACCGGCUUCUUCACCACCGGCUGUGACAAUUGGAAAGUGGACGGAAUUCGGCUGCACGAAGUUACAACGGAUUCAAAAACUGUCCAAGCAAUGAUUGGAGGAAAGGCGUUCGUCGAAGGAUUGCCCUAUAAGUCCGGACACGGAUUUGGUGCGCAGUGGAAGAAGCACACUCUGAGAGCCGAGGACAGAGAUAGAGCAACCCUGAUCAAGGUGUUCCAGACCGAAGUGCAGUUUAUUUCACCGAGUGGAGUGUCGACAACUACCUUUGACACUGUUGGCCAAAAUGUGCUUGGACUUGGAGUUCAGUAG